AAGAGACAUUUAUUCAUUAAAUACAUCUUAGAGCAAGCAAGUUAUUUGAAAAUGGGUGUAUACGCUGAUUUAUUCAUUCCUACCCAUUAUUCCACUGUUGCUAUUCUAGAAGUACUCAAACUAUAUAACAAGUUUCUCAGGUUUUCUCCACUAUUGCUAUUCUAGAAGCACUCAGACUAUAUAACAAGUUUCUCAGGUUUUCUCUAGUAACCUACGGUCAUGGCUAGUUCCAAAGGGGAUUCAUUGCAGAAUGGAGAGAGUUCUAAUGGCUAUAGGCAAAAGAAAGUGGGCAUUGUGGGAGCAGGAUUGAGUGGGAUUCUAGCAACUAAGUAUGUAAUCAGUAUAGGCCUGAAACCCAUUGUAUUUGAAGCCAAAGAAAGAAUUGGAGGAGUGUGGAGAGAAACAUUUGCAUCAACAAAACUGCAGACCCCUCGUCCUGCCUACCAAUUCACUGAUUUUCUAUGGCCAAGCCAUGUGACCACCCUUUUACCCAAUCAUUCCCAGGUUAUGGAUUACUUCAACAGUUAUGUAAACCAUUUUGGGCUGCUGGAUUGCAUUCAAUUCAAUACCAAAGUGGUGGAGAUUCGAUAUAGUGGGAAACAAAGCGGUGCAUCUGCUGGAUUGUGGGGUAAGAAUGGAGGAGCUUAUGAUGAUGGAGAGGUCUGGGAUGUUGGUGUGCACAAAAGCAAUGGAGAAAGCAUUGAGUGGUAUCAUUUUGAUUUCCUGAUCUUAUGCAUUGGUAAAUAUGGUGGUCUGCCAAAAAUCCCAUUGUUUCCUCCAAAGAAAGGAUCAGAAGUAUUUCAGGGAAAAGUUUUGCAUACUAUGGACUACUCUGCUUUAAAUGAAAAAGAGGCUUAUGAAAUGAUUAAAGGAAAAAGAAUUGUGAUUAUUGGAUAUCAGAAAUCAGCGAUAGAUUUUGCUGUAGAAUGUGCUGAAGCAAAUCAAGGAGAAAAUUGCCCUCCUUGUACAAUGGUCUUUAGAAAACCUUACUGGUUGUUUCCUGAGGAUUAUGUGAUUUCGGGAGUGCACUUAGCAUAUUUGUAUGGCACACGCUUCUCACAAUUUUUACUUGGUAAACCAGCACAGGGUUUUCUGAUGAACUCAAUAUCAUGCAUGCUUGCUCCACUGGGAUGGGCAAUGUCCAAAUUUGUAGAGCUUUCCUUGCUCUGGAAAUAUCCAUUGAGGAAGUAUGGGCUUGUUCCAGAUGCGAGUUUUCUGCAGACAAUAGCUUCCUGCAGCACUGGAACAUUCCCAAAUAAUUUUUUUCCAAAAGUAGACGAAGGUCUCAUACGUUUUCGAAAAUCAUCUAGUUGGAGUUUUUAUAGCAAGGGCAUUGUGUUAGAUGACGGAACAAAUGUGGAAGCUGAUAUUGUAAUUUUGGGUACUGGUUAUGAUGGAGACAAGAAAUUAACGACUUUUCUUCCAAAACAAUUUGGAGAUACCUUUGACAAAUCGGGUGCUGCACUUUCUUUGUACAGGGGGCUCAUUCAUCCGCGCAUUCCUCAAAUGGCCAUUCUUGGUUACUCAGAAAGUCUAUCAAAUUUGCACUCUGCAGAAAUACAUUCCCAGUGGUUGGCCCAUUUUCUGUCUAACAAAAUAGUGAUGCCAAGUGUCAAGGAAAUGGAGGAAAAUGCAAAAGAGCUUCAAAAACAUCUUAAGAGACUCACACCUAUGUUUUGGAAAACUUGUAUUUUCCAAAUAGCUGAUAAUGACAAUCUUUGUAAAGACAUGGGAAGAAACCCAAUGCGGAAAGGGAAUUGGUAUGAUGAUUUUUUCUCUCCAUAUUCUAACAUGGAUUAUGGAAUGGAUAAUUAAAAGUUUCUGUUUUUCAUAAGGAGCAUGGGCCCUCUUAUGUCUGGACCGAUAUGAAAAGAUCCAUGAUAUAAGCAUUAAUAGAGCACUAGGUGUGAUACACCAAUAUAAUUUGUAUAAACAAAUGUUCUUUCUUUUGAGGUGAGAAGUGCUAGGGAGAUCAUGAGGAAUAAAUGAAGAUAUUUUUUGCGAAAGCAAAAUCGGGGGUUGUUGGAUCUCUUUUUUUCAUUGAGUUUUGAAAAUUAAUACUGAUGGUUCUUCUUUGAGGAAUCUUGGUCAUGUUGUUGUUGGCGAAGUAGGGUGUGAUAGCUCUGAAGAUGUUUAGUUUAUUUUUUCAAUUUAUAAGGGUCUUCAUACCAAUAAUCUCAUGGAGGCUUUCGCUA